AAAAUUUUUGUCUCUCUUCGUCGUCAGCAAGCUCAAAUUCAACAAGAACAACCAUACGGAGCACGCCAGAAUCAACUAAAUAUAGCGCGAUACAAGAAAACAGUGUACACCAUAGCAUGGGUGCAGUUAGCUUUACUUGUUUGUUAUGCUCCAUACGGCAUAGCAUUGUUAAUAGGUCUGGCUAUUAACAUACCCCAUCCUUCCACCGACAUAAAAGUCGCUUGGCGAGCAUUAUUAACUCUCCUAUUUUCGAACUCUUCUUUCAACCCAGUACUUUAUUGUUGGAAGAUAAGAGAUGUGCGACAAGAAGUGAAGAACAUUUUCCACAAAGUUUGCUGUUGCUCUUAUUAAAAGUUUAGGGUUACGGAGGCUGUUAUCCUCUUCGAUCUGCAUAAUUCUUUGCAUCAUACUCAUUCUCAUUCAAUAAUUGUUGAAUAUUUUACCGUGAUCAUUCAAUAAUUGUAAAACAUUUUACCGUGAUCAUAAUGACCCCCAAUAAAGUAGUAGUCAUUCAGGAACUCCUCAGAGCUAAUGUAUUCAUUGAAUUGCUCAGCCAAUUAUUUCAACAAAGGCAGUUGUAUAGCAAAUCAAAAAGUCAAACCUCCUUUAGGGUGCACGUUUUUAGACCAAUGACUAUUUCAAAAGUGUUUGAAAACAGUUCAAACGCGACUGGAUCGAAUAAACACGGAAUCCCUUUUAAUAAAUAAAGGUUUUUGUUAUGAUUUUUUAACACUGAAAACGUGACUUCCUUUUCAGCUUAGAGGGAGACCUAAUUGUUAUCUAAUCUCAAGUCACUGUUUAUACUGCCCUGAGUUGUUUUUUUAAAACACUGACCCGGUCUGAACAAAAAACUUUAUCACCAUCAUAUUCAACGUAACAAAAGUGCGUUCUUGGCUAACCCUGAUUGCACAUUGUUUUGUGAAACUAUAUUCCGAUAGGAAUGAAAUUUGACAUUUCAGUCAGAAUCAUUUGCAUGGAAAAGAAUCGUAUUGUAACUGAGAGGAAAAAUUAUAGAUUUGUUUUUUUGAUGUUUUGCGAAUCCUCAGACAGCUUCUGCAUAAGAGGGCCAAUAUGGACUUUUCUCCGAACAAAAGGAAUAUAACUGCUCUAAAACCCUCUUUAGCAAACACCGGAUCACAGAGCGGACAAUUGCAACCAAUUAAUAGUUUUUAUCAAUGUUUAUUUUUCCAAACUCAUUCAAAAGACUCUAGACGAGGGAUUAAUUUGUUUGACUUUUAGACUAUCGACUAGCUUUUUGGUCUGUGGCAAAUACAUCACCAGAUUAUAUCAAUUUAUAUCAAUUUAAUAUUUGCUCUUUCAAACCGUAGUUUGCACCCAACUUAUUUUAUAAUUUAUUCACAAAAAGAAAUGCAUAGAUUGAUCCCGAUGAAUUAAAUCCCGGCAGAUACACGUAUUUGAUAGUGAAAUUGUAUGCCAUGUUUAAACAGAAGACCCUGAGAAUCAUAUCCUGCUGUUCAACGGCAAAUAUGCGUGCCAAAUAAGGGAGUACCACCACUGCUGAAAACACAUAGUUUAAAGACAACCGCAUAAAAUAAAUACAUCACAAAACAACAGAGUUAAGCUGGCUCGACUGGAUUUUUUGGGGUUGAUACCUCCCAACUUUGAGCAUUAACGACGUCGGCAUGAGUAAAGAUAUGGAAAAAAGGUUACCACAACUGUAUUAUAUAAAGAUGAAAAUUUCUUAUGAGCUGGUUUUUAUUGCAAUCGGAGUCGCCAUGGCAACGUAAUGACGCCAUUACGUUUUUCAUUUAUCUUUGUGUUUCUCUGUUCCAGGAGUUUUUUGAAGAAAUCGCUUAAGGGAGUAUGUACCUGCUAUAAUUUCCUCCAUUAUGGCAUAGUUUGAACAAAUUCUAUGAUAGCGUUUUCGAAAUAUUCUGAAAUGUAGUUUUAAGAAUAAUAAAAACAGUGAAAUAGCAUGCUGCCUACACAAUUCGCUAAUAUUUUAAGAAAAUGACAAGCUUUGGGAACGAGGCUUCAUCUCACAGUGGUUUGAUUCCAUUGAAAACUGCAUACGAAAAAAGAGCGGAAUUACUCUAGGUGAUCGCGAGUAAGAAGAAUUUUAUUAACUUGCAUUUAGCUGUUUUUGAUACAGUUUUUGGACGUAAUUUAGUCAAUGCCUAAAAAUUUCGCAUUUUUCCAAAAACCGCUCGAUAAAUUUUUUUAUAAAUUCGAUAAUCCCGAGAUCAAUCGUCAAGAAAUAUUCCCUGCAAGUUUUAAGAACAUUGAAAACAGGGAAGGCUUUUAAAUAGGGCCUCAGAUAUAGCCAAUUUUCCCUCCAGAUUUUGUGUUUACAAGUGAGCGUCCUCAUUAUUCACUGGCAUUGUUUUCAAGUUUCAUAUGCACGUGAACAACUAGCAAAAGAUAUAAAUUUGCAUCAAAAAGAACUCUCGAUUACUUUCCGAAGAAAUAUCCGGAAUACGCUCUAGUUUUCUUUCUCCCCAGCCCCCCUACGACACAAAGGGGCCUCUCUGCGGAGGACAGAGGUUGGUCACUAUGAACCGCAAACAAAGAAUAAACGUUUCAAGCCAUUAAAAAUUGUCUUACUAUCAGAAAAUCAAUAAAGCAGUCCUGGAAAAAAUAUAAGCAAAAGUAUUUUGAUAAAAUAACUGCAAUGAAUAGCAUUAACGAAGCGAAAGUUGGCUUCCUUGCGUGCAGACGGAGACACAGUUAUUAGUAAUUCAAGCCAUUCAAUAUCACCUGUCCAUAUCUGCUCAUAUCGUUUAUACACGACAGUAUUUAUUAACCCAAUAAGGUGGUUGUCAUUUCGUAGUUUUAUAUUAUAUUCGGGCUGGGGGUUCGAGCUUUGAAUUUCCAAUUACACAAUUUUUCAAACAAAGAAAGUUUUCUUAUAAAUCCAACAGUCGGUGCGCAAACUGAGCUCCUUAAGUUUGGCUCCUAGACCAAGAAAAAUCAACAAGAUAACAUUUCGGUUCAAAGAGGACGAGACGUUUACCUUUCAGACGGCCGGACAAAGACACCAACACUGCGAAAAAUUUAUAGGUCACCACCAUUUGACGAUAAAAGUGUUUUCAGGAAGUGAAAAAAAAAAAACAUUAUUUCUUUUCCAUAAUUCAUCUGUACGCACGGGGGUAAAGUAUGUGCGAAUAUGGGAGCUAGGGUAACGCUCCUGAGGAAGACUGGUUGUAGUAAAAUCAUGCAGUCUUUUUCAAUUAAGAAUUGCAUUUCUUGUUACAAUAUCCUUUUCCUCAUAACACGAAUUUAUUAAACGUCACAGCCGUCCUGCUCAACUCAGAACAAUUAAAAACAACCUGUUACGGUUGUCAUACUCUGUUUACUUAGGAACUGUUUAUACUGACUUGCAGUUCCUGUGUGUUGCUUCCCGAAGCAGUUUCAGAAGGAAUUCUCUCCGUAUAUUGAACAUAUCAGAAGUUUCUUUAAAACAAGUUAAUGUACUGAUUAAGACAUGGCAAACUCAAAUGAAAACAGCACAACUGCGACUCAAGUAACAUCAUGGAAUGCUCGUUCAACAAGCUUCGCAAGUCUUGCAGGCCUUAAUAUUUUUCUCGCCAUCACCGCAUCUCUUGGCAACGCUCUGAUCUUGAUUGCUCUUCAUAAAGUGACGUCCAUUUAUCCACCAACAAAACUGUUAUUUCGAUGCCUGGCAGUCACCGAUCUUUUAGUUGGACUUAUCUCUCAGCCAUUAUAUGUAACUACUUUCUUUCCCGAGUUUACAGCUUGGAAUGUGAAUGUCACAAUUCUUCUUACAGACGAGUUUUUCUUUCGUCUGCUUACUGCAGUAUCACUCCUUACAUCAGCCUCCAUCAGUGUGGACAGACUUCUUGCCCUGUUGUUAGGGCUUAGAUACAGACACACUGUAACAUUAAGGCGAGUUUGGGUGGUCAUACUUUGUUUUUGGUUGAUCAGUGCUCUUCAAGCUACAAGCGGUAUAAUACUCUUUAAACAUCCAAAACUACCUGAAAUUGUCUUUUGGAUAUUCUGUGCGCUAUUAACACUUUCCUUGCUAGUCUCAGUAUUCUCUUACGCGAAGAUAUUUAAAACCCUUCGUCAUCGCAAUACGCAACAAGGGCAGCCAAAUGGACUAAAUGAAGGAGGGAAUCAACUGAACACAGCUCGAUACAAGAAGACAGUGUAUAGCAUAGCAUGGGUGCAGUUAGCUUUACUUAUUUGUUAUUUUCCAUAUAACUUAUUAGGGCUUUUAAGGUUGUUCGAUAACGUAUCACAUUCGACCGAAAUGUAUAUUCUUUGGGAAUCAUUCGUGACUCUCCUUUAUUUGAAUUCUUCUUUAAACCCAGCACUUUAUUGUUGGAGGAUCAGACAUGUGAAUCAAGAAGUGAAAAACAUGAUCCGCAAGAUUUUCUGCUGCUUUUAA